AUGUCGACCAGUAUGGACGUUGAUAAAACAGAACCAACUAUUGACGAAGGCCUCUAUUCCCGUCAACUUUAUGUUUUGGGCCAUGAGGCUAUGAAGAAAAUGAGUGCUUCCAACGUUCUUAUAGUUGGAAUGAAAGGUCUUGGCAUCGAAAUAGCUAAGAACGUUGUAUUGGCGGGUGUAAAAAGCGUAACAAUUUAUGACCCGGAACCUGUUAGAAUAUGCGAUCUAUCAACACAGUUCUUCCUUAGGGAGGAAGAUGUUGGCAAACCAAGGGCAGCAGUAUCAGCACCACGAUUGGCUGAACUAAAUCAGUAUGUUCCAGUAUCCGUGAUCGAAGGAGAACUUACGAUAGAUAAACUCCAAAGUUUUCAGGUCGUUGUCUUGACAGAGAUUUCAUUAAAAAAGCAGCUAGAAAUCAACGAUUUUACUCAUGCGAACGGCAUAAAGUUUAUUGCAACUGAUGUUCGUGGUCUCUUCGGAACUGUAUUCAACGAUUUCGGAUCAGAGUUUAUUGUAAACGAUGCUAGUGGGGAAAAUCCUCUUACCGGGAUGGUGGCUGCGGUGUCAAACGAAGUUGAGGGCGUGAUAACAUGCCUUGAUGAAACAAGACAUGGUCUUGAAGAUGGCACUUAUGUCACUUUUUCAGAGAUCAAGGGAAUGGUAGAAUUGAACGGAUGUGAACCUAAAAAAAUAAAAGUUCUUGGCCCUUACACUUUCGCUAUUGAUGAUACAUCGAAUUUUGGCACCUAUGUUGAUGGUGGCAUUUUUACUGAAGUUAAAAUGCCAAAAACUCUCAACUUCAAAUCUCUGCGAGAAUCACUGCAAAAACCAGAAUUUCUCAUUGCCGACUUUGCUAAAUUUGACCGACCGGCACAACUACACGUAGGGUUUCAGGCUCUUCACAACUUUGUUGAUAUUCACGGUCGUCUUCCACACCCACACAAUGAAGCCGACGCUGAAGAGGUUUACCAAACAACGAAAUCCAUUAACAAUGAUUGGGAGGAUAAAGUGGCAAUCGAUGAAAAGUUAAUUAAGGAACUUGCAUAUGGUGCAACUGGCGACGUGUCUCCGAUGGUUGCUGUAUUUGGAGGAUUGGUUGCACAAGAGAUCUUGAAAGCAUGCAGCGGGAAAUUCCAUCCAAUACAUCAAUACAUGUACUUUGAUUCUUUAGAAUCUUUGCCUAAUGAUAUUAGCCUCACCGAGGAAUCCUGUCGUCCUAUAGGAAGCCGUUAUGAUGGUCAGAUUGCAGUUUUUGGUAGAGAAUUCCAUAACAAAAUUACAAAUUUUCGCGAAUUUCUGGUCGGCUCUGGCGCAAUUGGAUGUGAAAUGUUGAAGAAUUGGGCAAUGAUGGUUUUAGGAAUAGGACCUCGUGGUAUUGUUCAUGUUACUGAUAUGGACUCGAUUGAAAAGAGUAACUUGAAUCGACAGUUUUUAUUCCGUCCUGAUGAUGUCGGCCAAUUAAAAUCUGAGACUGCAGCUAAAGCAAUUGCAAAGAUGAAUCCAGACAUGACCAACAAGGUUGUUGCGCAUCAGGACCGAGUAGGAGCGGAAACCGAGAAUGUCUAUGAUGACAGAUUUUUCGAAGAACUUGACGGAGUUACUAACGCCUUGGACAACGUUGAUGCCCGUAAAUAUAUGGACCGCCGCUGUGUAUACUUUAGAAAACCUCUUCUUGAAUCCGGGACGCUUGGUACAAAAGGCAACACCCAAGUAGUUAUCCCACACUUAACAGAAUCCUACUCCUCGUCCCACGAUCCGCCAGAGAAAUCCUUCCCAAGCUGCACUCUCAAAAACUUUCCUAAUGCCAUCGAGCACACUAUCCAGUGGGCUCGUUACUUGUUUGAAGGGCUCUUUCGUAUACCUGCGGAGAAUGCAAAUUUGUAUUUAAGCACACCCAAUUUUGUUGAACAAACGUUAAAACAAGGUGCGAGUGCUAAAGAAAUUUUAGAGGGCGUGAAGACCUCUUUGGUUACGGCUAAGCCAUCGGGUUUCGAAGCGUGUAUACUCUGGGCUCGUUUACGAUUUGAAGAGUUCUUUAAUAACAAUAUUCAGCAGCUUUUGUUCAACUUCCCAAGGGAUUCAAUCACAUCUUCGGGCACGUUAUUCUGGUCAGGCCCAAAGAGGGCACCUGAUCCCUUGGUCUUCAACUAUAAUGACGACACACAAUUAGAAUUUAUUAUCGCUGGCGCCAAUCUUCAUGCAUUUAAUUAUAAUAUAAAAGGUGAAACCGAUAAGGAGUACUUUAAGGCAGUUUUGAGGAAAAUAGAAGUUCCAAAAUUCAAACCUAAAUCUGGGAUAAAAAUCCAAGUACAAGAAAAUGAACCCCUGGCAGCAGAAACAACAGAUGAAAAAGAGAUCCAAGAAAUUAUCAAGAUUCUCCCACCUGCUUCCUCACUUGCCGGCUAUCGCAUGACACCGGUUGAGUUUGAGAAGGAUGAUGAUACGAAUUUCCAUAUCGCCUUUAUUACUGCUGCAUCCAAUUUGCGUGCAUCGAAUUAUGGCAUCACACCAGCAGACACUUACAAGACCAAAUUUAUUGCCGGAAAAAUUAUACCAGCUAUUGCAACUACGACGUCAUUAGUUGCCGGUUUGGUAUGUUUGGAAUUGUAUAAAGUAAUCGCGGGAAAAAGCAAAUUAGAAGAUUAUAAGAAUGGAUUUGUGAAUCUUGCAUUGCCAUUCAUUGGAUUUUCGGAGCCGAUUGCUAUGAAAGUGGCCGAGUAUCAUGAGACUGAAUGGAGUUUGUGGGAUCGAUUCGAUGUUGAAGGUGAUCUCACGCUUCAAGAGUUUUUGGAUCACUUUAAGAACAAAUUUGAAUUAGAAAUCACAAUGUUGUCGGCAGACGUCAGCAUGUUGUAUUCCUUCUUUAUGCCGAAAAAGAAGUUGGAGGAACGCAAGAAUUUGAGAAUAUCACAAUUGAUUGAGGUUAUAACAAAGAAACGGAUUUCCCCACAUGUUCGUGCCAUAACAUUGGAAAUGUGCGUGAAUGAUCGUGAUGGAGAAGAUGUCGAGGUUCCUUAUGUUAGACUUGUCAUUAGAUAG